UCGAAACGAUGGAAGAAUCUUUGGACGAUGGUUCAAAAGUUUGAUUUUGAUGAUAAUUUCGAACUCGAGCCUUCUAAUUACGGGAGUUUUCUCAAGUGUGUGAACAGAUCAAUGGUGUUUCAUAAAGCUCCGGUUCUAGAAACUUUGAAGUUUAAAGUUGGUCCUUGUUGCAGCUAUGAAGAUAUAACAACAUGGAUCACUAUUGGAAUGGUUCGCGGUGUGCGUGAACUCGACAUUCGCCACUGUAAUGCUGAUUUCAAAGACAAGAAACAUAGCUUAAUCAAAUUACCUAACAGUCUUUACACAUAUGAAAAGCUCUAGGUCUUGAAACUCUCUUACGCAGUUACUUUGGAUGUUCCUAUCGAUGUUUGUCUUCCGUCCUUGAAAUCAUUACACCUUGUACGUGUAGUGUUCAAAAGCAACCAAUCUCAUCGUCGGCUUUUAUCUGGUUUGUCCUGUUCUUGAGGAGUUGAUGUUGGACAAUGCUAGAAACGACGACGACUAUAUGUCAUCGUGGUUCUAUAAUGAAAUUUGAUAUUUUUAACCCAAUAAAAUACGGCAAUAUGAUUGUGAUUAAUGUCCCAUCUCUGAAGUACUUGAGCUUAGUAGAUUUCAAUGGUGACUCUUAUUUGUGUGAGAAUAUGCCUGAGGUGAUUGAGGCAAUUGUUAAAGUUGUUCAUAAAAGUCCCAUGAAGCUACUGGGAUCUCUUCCAUCAGUCAAGAAUCUCUAUUUAUGUCUAACUAAUUCAGUGCUUCAACACCAAAUAGGGAUUUAUCAUCUUGUCCAUUUGGAGCUAUGUCAAGACUCUCCAGGGUGGUGGGGUCUGCUUACUUGGAUGCUUGAUAAUUCUCCUAAACUACAAGUUCUCAAGCUCGGAAAGUGCAAAGAACGUUGUUUCAUAUCGUCCAUUGAAAGUCACUGGAGAGGACCAAUUUCAGUUCCAGAAUGUUUGCGGUUACAUCUGUCUACUUUUGAGUGGAAAUAUUACAAUGGAAGAGAUGAGGAGAAGAAAAUAGUGGCGUACAUCCUAAAGAAUGCAAGACAGCUAAAGACUGCGGCUUUCUCUGUUCAAAGAGUGUUUCCCAUGAAAGAGAGAUUUCAGAAACAUAAGGAGGUUGUUUCUCUGCAUAGAGCUUCAAGCUCAUGUAAACUUAUGUUGGAUUGAAAAGAGAUUGUAAUAUAUAUAGUUCGUUUCAUG